GCGUCACGAAGUUUCAGUACGUGUCGGUCUGCGCAGCUUUAAAUCUUUCCGUUUCACCUUCUUACAGAUGUCCCUCGUUGUCUUUAAAUGAAUAGGAAAUUAAGGUUAUGGUAACGGUGCCUCUUAACGAAUAUUCGGCAAACCCGGACGGUUUGCGUGGGAUUCUUCUUUACUGAGGUACACGUCUUCACUGACCAGCCAGUUCUUUCGCCGGUUAGUUAGACGGCGUGUCGCCACAUGGUUUUACAUGUAGCCUACCGAGUUUAUGCUCGUUUUGUUUUUGUUUUACUGUGCGAAGGACUGACGUAGCGAAAUCGUGACGGCUGAAAGUAGGCUAUUCAUGAUAAAAUCUGAUUUCACGCGCCUAUUUUGGAUUUACAGUUUCCCGCGAUACCCUAUACUGACUCAAUUACGCGUCAGAUACAGACUUUAUCUUCGAUGUAUUGGACUGCUAAAGAGACUUAGAAAUGAGCGCCUCGCCUUCAAAAUGUCUUGUUUAAGAAUCACUCGUGGAGAGAGACGAUUUCUCAGAGGACGGAAGGGAUUUUAAUACCGAAUUUUUCGCUGAUUUCACAACACGCGUUUCCAUGGCUCCGGCGGUAAGAUCGAUUAAGCGUAAGGAUGCGAUUAACUGGCCAAGGAUGUCGACAACUUUCUGGGCUGUGCUCCUGUUAACGGCUCUUCUGAUCGUGUACUGCGGUCAGUUGGCAGCAGGCACCUGUGAGAUUGUCACUCUAGACAGAGACAGCAGUCAGCCACGCAGGACAAUUGCCAGACAGACAGCUCGCUGUGCAUGUAAGAAAGGACAGAUCGCUGGGACAACGAGAGCAAGGCCGGCCUGUGUGGAUGCUAGUAUCGUGAAGACCAAGCAGUGGUGCGACAUGGUGCCCUGUCUGGAGGAUGAAGGCUGUGACUUGUUAGUAAAUAAAUCAGGCUGGACUUGUACACAGCCCAGUGGCAGGGUGAAAACUACCACGGUGUCCUAACAUUGGCAGGGGUUCCUUGAGCGCUACGAGAUGAGGCUUCUUGCAGCUUCGGCUACCUGCUGUAGAUACUUGCUGUCUCUCAUCAGCUUAACACCUGCCUCUGCCUUCCCGUCUGCAUCUUGGCUUUGUAAAUGGGCAGCACCCCUUUGUGCCACGGAGAACAUACGUUCACAAAAUGCCCAUCGGCGUACGGUUGGAGCCACAAGGUCUUUAAAGACUGCAGCACGGGACACUGGGGUGCCUACUCUAAGACUGAAUAAGACACUGACUCUAUUGGACUCUAGCAGCGGUUUUGACCUAAUGCAAGGCUGUAAACCCAACUGCUCUCUGAAACAGCUUUCUGAUGGACUAUGUCUUUGGCACUGGCAACAUUUUUACAGACCAAAGAGAAAAACUAUGUCAUGAACAAAAAACAGAACUAAUACUUUGACUAUGGGAGUGCACACUAAAGGACAGAUUCAUAUCAUAAACCCUGAAGAAAAACAAAUAUAUACAUAUAUAAAAUUUUAGAAAAAGUCAGCUAGAUAUAGAUAUCAAUUGACUUCACUUAAUGGCAUUGGUUUACAAAUGAAAAACGAAAAUGAAUGGAUUGACCAAUCCCAUUACUUACAAUUAGAAGAAAGCAUUUUAUAACUUUCCUUAAACUGAGCAAAGCGAUUGUAUUCUGAUAAACAAGGAUAUAGAUACUGUAUACAUAUACACAUCAACAAGCUGAAUUAUUAUUUUUAAGUAGCAAAAUAUUGGACGAUUUGCAAUAUGCACUGAAGGUUAAAAUGGAAGAGUACCCAAUGCUUAUCAUCAGAAAAUAUAAACUGUAAUUUUUGAUUUACCAGAACUGAAAUGUCAUGACAUGUAUUUUGAGGGCCUACAAGUUAUAUAUUUAACAGUUUUAUAUGUUGUACCUUUGUAGAGAACCUUAUUUAACAUAAAUAACUUUGUGGAAAUAACAGAUAUAGAAUGUGAGUAAUUCUCUGCUCCAUAAAACGGCAUGUUCUAUGGUUCUGUUCAAUUUCAAAUAGAAAUUUUCCAACUUUACAAAAGAUUACCACAAGUACAGUAAAUCGAGGAAAAGGAACAAAGGAAAGGAUUUAGUGGAGAAAGGUGUUAGUAUGCGGAGCCAUGAAAAUUACUGUUUGCUAUUGUAUUGUAAAGGUGCAUAGAAAAAAACACUUUAUUCUCUGAUUUAUUCUGGGAUUUAUUUUGUGCUUGUAUUUGUUCUGGUGCUCACCCUAUGUCCUGACACCUCCAGUCAGAGUUCAGAAAGUCUUAGAUUCAUUUACAUGAAGUAAUUUUUUAUUAUGAAAUAUUUUAAGAAUAAAUUAAGUAAAAAUAACAAUUUGCUGAAACAAAGUCUUAAUCUUAUUAUGUUUUGACAGAUUUUUUUUUCUUUUUAUAACCUGUACUACAUGACACAUAUAGACGAACCCCUUUUGAUAAGAAAUGAGCUGAAUAUUUCAUUUAUACAUAAAGGCAUUUUAAAUUGACAAUUAAUUACAGAAUGUAACAAAUGACUGACAAGUGCAUUUUUACUUCUCUACUUUACGAAACAUUAC